GAUAAUUGAAUUGAAUUGAGUUUUGAUGAGAAAAAAGCGAAAUGGAUAUUGAAUCAUUGAAGAAAUUCUUGGAGAAAGGAGGAGGCAACUAUGAAAGUUCAGUGGAUUCCAUGCCUUCAAAAUUCCUUGAACCAUUUGUCUCCCAUGGGAUGAACCUUGACCUUGUUGAACCGGGUCGGAUUCUCUGUUCUUUCAAAGUCCCAAAUCGUCUAGUGAAUGCCGGUAAUUUUCUACAUGGUGGAGCCACGGCGACUCUCGUCGAUAUUUUGGGUUCUGCUGUUAUUCAUACUGUAGGUGCGCCAUCUGUUGGUGUUUCACUUGAGAUCAACGUUUCAUACUUGGAUGCUGCUUACCUUGGAGAGGAAAUCGAAGUUGAAGCAAAAGUACUACGUGUUGGGAAGACAAUCGCUGCUGUUACUGUUGAGUUGAGGAAGAAAAAGACGGGGAAGAUAGUUGCACAAGGUCGCCAUACCAAGUACUUGGCUGUCAAUAGUAAGCUUUGAACUACAUGGACUUUCUGAGGAAAGCUUUGAACUACAUGUACUGUAUCUUGAUCAGGGUUCACAUUUAAAAACGUUGUUAGCUUUAUAUUGACUCCUAUCUUAUUUAACGGGGCCCAAAGGGUUAAUACUACGAAUGAGGAUCUUUUGAGUCCUUAAUAACCUAUUCGAAUUACUUUCA